UUAACCCAAACCUCUGGAGGGACUUAAAUGGGAAGAAGAAAGCAGUGAAAGCCAUCAUUCCACCAGAAGUCCUUUGCCAUUCAUUCCUGCCCCUAAGAAGAUGCUCCCAGGGAGGAUCUUCUGCCUGGUCCUGUGUGUAGUGGGCACUACCUGGGCAACUAAAGAUGAAGGAAGCUUCAUAGCUGAAGGAGGAGGCGUUCGGGGCCCCAGAGUUGUGGAACGUGUCUCAUCCUCCUGCAAAGAAUCUGACUGGCCCUUUUGUUCUGAUGAAGAUUGGACAUAUAAAUGCCCUUCUGGCUGCAGGAUGAAGGGGCUGAUCGAUGAGACCAAUGAAGAUUUCACUAACAGAAUCACCAAGAUCAGAAACUUGUUGUUUGAUUCUCAAAAGAGCAACAAAGAUUCUAGCUCAGUGACCAGGAACAUCAUGGAGGUUCUAAGAGUGAACGCGGCCAACGACUAUAAUAAUGAUAAUGCAUUUGGUCAAGUGACAGAAGAUCUAAGGAGAAGAAUUGAAACACUGAAGCGCCAAGUAAUGGAACAAGUACAAAAAAUUAUCUCUCUGCAGAACAGCAUCCGUAAUCAGCAAAUAGAGAUGAAGCGACUUGAGGUGGACAUUGACAUCAAGAUCCGAUCUUGCCAAGGGUCAUGCAGUAGGUCUUUAGCACGUGAGCUCAACACAAAGAACUAUGAAGAGGAACAGAAGCAACUUGAGAGGGUGGCAGCCGUCGACUUAUACCCCAACAGAGAGAUCCAGUAUUUGCCCUCCUUGAAAAUACAUCCUGCAAGUGAUCUGAUUCCUGUGAAGUACAAAAACAUGCUUCAGGAAGCUUCCUCAGAGUGGAAAUCAUUAAUAGAGAUGAAACAGAUGGUGAUAACGUUGGAAAACCCAAACAGCAAUAAUUACCCAGGAGGUUCCUCACCUUCUGGUACAGGCUUGGAGCCUGGAAGCACCAGACCUAUAACCUCCAGACCUGAAAGUUUUGGGACUGGGAAUUCUGGAACCCAGAAUCUUGGAAGCACUGGAUCACGGCACCUAGAGAACUCUGGAACUGAGCCCUUCAGACCUGACCGUUCAGGGCAUGGGGGCUCUAGCUCUGCAAAAACAGAUCGGGGUAAUAUGGAUUGGAGCAGACAUGAAGAGACAGCCAGUGGUGGGAGCUUAAGUAAAGGUGGAGGUCUUCAGAUCAGCAAACAAAUUUCUGAAGGAGAUAAAGCAUUUGUACUGAGCAGAGAAAAGGACACAUCUGGGACCACCACCACCACCAAACACCGUGCAUGUUCCAAAAUGUUCAGGAAGACCACCAUGGAUCCUGAUGGCAGAGAGGAAGUGACCAAAGAAGUGGUCAACUCAGAGGAUGGUGCUGAUUGCGGUGAUAUGCCUGAUUUUGAUUUUGGGCACCCCGAUGGAAGUUCAUUUUCUUUCACUGGCAUAGGGAGCCUGGACGAAUUCCGCCGCCUACAUCCUGAUCGAGCUGAUUUCUUUGGUAUUGGAUCAACUGGGACCAGAUCCCAAAGUGCAAGCCAUCGAGGGGAUUCGAGCUUUGCCUCAGCGACAUCCCAUGGAUCUAGCACUAAGGUCACAGGAUUACAUCGUGGUGAUGGAGACACUGAUGACUGGAGCCUAUUUAACUUUGGGGAACCUGAAUUUUCCACUCAAAGUGAAUCGAGCAGUCGAAAAACAGUUGUAUCCAGUAGCAAGACUUUGAGCCAAGGAAGCAAGAGCAUGAAAAUGGCGGAUGAAGCUGAUGGGGAUGCCCAAAGAGAGAAAAUCUCAUUCAUCCAAGUCCGUAGUAGCAAAAGAAGUCAUGGUAGAACCCGCACUGCCCGAGGUAUCCACAAAUUCUUCUGAAACCCAAUUUUGAGCUAGCCCUAUUAAAUACUUUCAAUGCUAGCAUAGUCAGAUACAUCUAGCAUUCAGAAUGCACAGUGGUGAGUGCCCCUUCUCAUACCCCCCUCCCAUUUCACUGAUUAGUCUGUUGCAUAUGUCUCAGUUGACAUUUAGAACAGGUAGGUUAAUAAGGGGAAAAAGCUACAAAACUAUAAUAAUAAGUGAUCUUUAAAUAUCAUCUCUGCUGGUUGCAUACUACUUACCAUGAUAUUCAAAUAAAGCUCUGGUUUUUCUCUGAGGAAAA